UAUAUUAUAGUCGUGUCAUCAACUCGUGAGCAUAGAGUAGAGUAGCCGGGCACUUGACAGCAAAGUCGUAAGGAAGCAGCAGAGAUUCUGAUUGAAUCUGAUAUUGGUUGGCCAUGGAUCUCAACGCUCUUCUUCAAGCAUUCACUCCUUCAUGGACUUCGGUAGUCAUGCUAGUGGUGUUUUUCACUUAUCUGGCAAUCGCUGGAUCUAUUUUGCCGGGAAGAGUUGUUCCCGGAGCCACUUUAGCAGAUGGAACUCGGCUCCAUUACCGUUGCAACGGAUUACUAUCGCUUCUCUUGUUGGUUUGCCUACUUGGAAUCAGCGGUUGGAUGAAUCUUGUAUCACCCACUGCAAUUGCUGAUAGAGGUCUUGAGCUUUUAUCCACAACACUUAUAUUCAGUGCACUUGUGACAUUUCUUCUUUACAUGGCUGGCUGCAGAUCCCGUGAUCAAAGUUCUUCUUUAAAGCCUCACAUUAGUGGAAACUUAAUCCAUGACUGGUGGUUCGGGAUACAGCUGAAUCCUCAGUUCAUAGGAAUUGACCUCAAGUUCUACUUUGUUAGAGCUGGUAUGAUGGGAUGGCUUCUUAUAAAUCUUUCUGUUCUUGCAAAAUGCAUUCUAGAAACCAACUUAAGCAGAUCGAUGAUUCUUUACCAGCUAUUUUGUGUUCUAUACAUUCUGGACUACUUUUUCUAUGAAGAGUACAUGACCUCCACAUGGGACAUAAUUGCUGAGAGAUUGGGGUUCAUGCUGGUGUUUGGAGAUCUAGUCUGGAUCCCAUUCACAUUUAGUAUCCAGGGUUGGUGGCUUCUAAAUAAUGAAGUGCAGCUAACAACUGCUGCUAUUAUUGCAAACUGUCUCGUCUUCCUGAUUGGCUAUCUUGUCUUUAGAGGAGCUAACAAGCAGAAGCAUGUGUUCAAAAAGAAUCCCAAAGCACUAAUUUGGGGUAGACCUCCGAAGGUCAUUGGGGGAAAGUUGCUUGCUUCUGGCUAUUGGGGCAUUGCAAGGCAUAGUAACUAUCUUGGAGACUUGUUGCUGGCUCUGUCCUUCAGUUUACCUUGUGGGAUAAGUUCUCCAGUUCCAUAUUUCUAUCCUAUAUACCUCUUCAUUCUACUAAUAUGGAGAGAGAGAAGAGAUGAAGCCCGGUGUGCACAGAAGUACAAAGAAAUUUGGGCAGAAUACAAGAAAGAGGUUCCUUGGAGGAUACUUCCAUAUGUUUAUUAGCAGCAAGGUCCUCAGUCUUGCAUUCAAUGGUUGAUUGCCAUUUCUUCUCUGAGUGGAGUGUAACAUAUGGAUAGAUAAAGUCUUGCUAGGCAACUGUUAGUCUAAUCCACAACCUACCAUUUUUUCUUAAUUUUUUGUUUCAUUAUCUUUAGAUUUUCCUUCAUUUGCAUGCUGCAGUUCUAAUGAUUAGCUUACGGAAUCUAAUUCUUUUUAUUCUUCCAAAAAAUUUCAGAUAAAUAUUUUUGAAUAAUUUGUAGUUUUGAGCUUGUGUAAGCAAGUGGUGGAUGAAUGUGUGAGCAAAGGUUCGUUGAGUAACGGAAUUUAGUUCAAAAAUUGUAAA